AUGACUUCAAGAUGACAGAUAAAACCUUCCAUCCAUACUCCAUGUGCUUCAACAUUAAUGUUCUUGUAGUUUCUUCUUUCGUCUAAAAACAGCUUUCCACACCUCCUCAAAACCACACUCAUACUCUUCUUCUUCUUUGCCGGAAAACCAUGUCGGUUUCGACAACGGCUGAGAUAGAUGAUUUUCAUCCACAUGAAGGAACAAAUAGCACCGCCUCAUAUCAUCAUCAUCGGUAUGAAUACACCAAUUCAAGCGAGAUCGAGGAAGAGAAUUCGAGCGAGCUGUUCGAGAUCAACCAUGCGGGUGAGCCCAUGGAAUCCAUCAAAGAAGAGGUAUUUUCCUUGGAUGUUGAGAGCCGAGGAGAGGAUUGUGUUUAUGUUGCAGUAGGGAAGAGCGAGUCAAGCAUGGAUGCACUUUCUUGGACGUUGAAGAACCUUGUUAAUGGCGAUUUCACUAUGGUUUAUCUCAUCCAUGUCUUCCCUGAGAUUCAUCACAUACCUUCUCCAUUGGGUAAGCUUCCAAAGAAUCAAGUGAGUCCUGCCCAGGUGGAGACUUACAUGGCCCAAGAAAGUGGCAAGAGAAGAGAACUCCUUCAAAAGUUCAUCCAUAUGUGUGCUUCAUCUAAGGUCAAGGUAGACACAAUACUUAUUGAGAGUGAUAUGGUUGCAAAGGCUAUCAUGGACCUCAUACCCAUUUUCAAUAUCAGGAAGCUAGUGCUUGGAACCACCAAGUCCAGCCUAAGGAAACUGAGGGCCAGAAAAGGAAGUGGAAUAGUCGAUCAAAUACUUGCGAAUGCAUCGGAAUUUUGUGAAAUCAAGAUCAUAUGUGAUGGAAAGGAAGUGGCUGAUAAUCAGACGAUGAUCACCGGAUCACCCUCAGCAUCACCACGUCCUACUGGUGAUGCAAAUGCCAGUACACUGCAAUUGCAAGAUCAACCCAACACUAAUAAUGAUUCAUUUUCAUGUAUGUGUUUCAAAUCCCCUCGAGUCAUGUAAUUUCUAAAUUAUUUACUGUUAUUUUAUGUUCUCUAAUUAGUAAUUGAUGAGUCAAUUAAUGGACGAUUUCUUUUGUGUAAAUUAAAAUUGAACAAUAUAAUUUCACAUUGAAAAUCUUAAA